AUGGCGGUUCAGGAUAUCCCCAGCAGCUACGCAACACAAAGCACCACUGGCAUUGCCUCUGUCUCUGCCUCUGCUACUGCCACCAACAAGCCAACACAAUAUCAUCAACAAUCACCACCUUCACCGCAACCAGACCUAGACCCAAACCUAAACCCAAUCGAAAAGACAUCACCCCAAGACAGUCAACACGCACCAUCCAACAGACAGCAAGAUCCGCAUAAAGACGACAUAUCCUACUGGUCAGCAUUAUACCUAGUCUGCUGUCCAUGCAAGCGCAAGAAACUCCGACGUUCAGCCCCAAAACUACCGCAAGAACAAUACAACUGGCCAGUUUACCCCGGUAAGGCGCCAACGAGCCCCUAUCCUGUCGAUUACUGGCGCCCAACCUCGCCAACGGCCUAUAGCCGAGCUCAAGCGCAGCAUCAUGCGCAAUUGUACCCGAUGGAGACCAGGGCAUCUGGCCCGGUUUAUGAGCUACCGGCUUUGAACUUGGAUCAUUCUGCCCAGCAUGGGAAUCCCGUCUACGGAGGACUGGAGGUUAAUUACCACCUGGGCAUCGAAGUAAGGGAUGUGGAUGCGUUGGUUGGGGAUUGGACGACAAUAUAUGAGAUACGAGGAACGGAUUAG